CCAGUUUUCAAAUUUCAAUCAUUACAUUAUUGUAUCACUUUUCAAUAAAAAAAGUUUUUCUUUCAUAAAAAUGGCUUUCGUAAAAAGUAUUGUCGUAUUACUUGCAGUAAUUGUUUGUGCUAAGGCUGUACCUUUUGUAUACUUACGAGACAAUGGAGCACAAAUAUUCCAACCCCUACUACCAUCAAUUCCAGUAAGCUACUACAGUAAUGUUUUAACUGGAGCAAGUGUCCUACAAUAUCCUGUUGCAACCAGCACACUCAUAAGUUCUUACCCAUCAGUUAUCCAAUAUGGCGUCCAACAACCCAUUAUAGCGAAUAAUGGAUACAACACAAACCAGAUAACGAAUAAUCAAAUAGCUCCAGUAGAAAUUAACUUACCAGCAAAUUGUUGAAAAUAGAAAGAAACUCAAUUUAUAGACUUAAAAAAUGAAUUGAUCCGUCCAAAAAUCAUAAUACCAUAGGGUUGAAAAAAUCUUCGGUUUCAGACUGGAGUCUCCUAUUUUCAAGGCGUGUCUUUGCUUUCUGAACAAAGUUAAAAAUUCUCCAGAUUUAAAGUAGCCCGACUGUUCGAGCAAGUACGGUGAAUGUUUUUUUUUUGCGGUAAAUGAUUCAAAGUCCCUUGAUCGCAAUAAACAAAGUUUUGGGGCCACUUGCGGAAAAAAUUUGAAUUAUUUCAUUUUAAAAUUGUGAC